CUUUAACCCAUGUUUAUGAUGCACACAGUUUUAAUCCAGCCUGGCAACCACAGCAGGAUGACAGGAGGUUAUCCUCGGUUUCAGACACACCCACACGGGCUUCAUUAAGUCGCUCACUCACGCGCUUGACUUGUUCAGCAGAGGUCAAAUCCUGCCACACUUACCCAGCUCGCGCGAAUAAAACUCUAACUCUAACUCUAAUUUUAAGAAGAUGAGGAAGGUGUUUCCGUGGCUGACCAACGUGUCUCUGUACGGCUGUCUGUUCGCCGGCGGGGAUCUGCUCCAUCAGCGCGUGACGCACAGGCACGGCGGCGAGCUGGACUGGAAGCGCACCAGGAACGUGGCGCUCGUGGCGUUCUGUUUCCAUGGCAACUGGAACUACUUUUGGCUGCGCGCGCUGGAGCGCCGGUUCCCGGGAAGGUCCCUGGGCAUGGUGCUCACCAAGUUAGCUCUGGAUCAGAGCUUCUCCUCGCCCUUAGCCACCAGCGUCUUCUACACAGGAGUGAGUGUGUUGGAGGGCAAAGAGGAUGUAUUUGAGGACUGGAGGGAAAAAUUCUUCAACACAUAUAAGACAGGACUCAUGUACUGGCCCUUCAUGCAGUUCCUGAACUUUGUGUUGAUGCCGCUGUACCUGCGCACCGUGUUCAUGGGCUGCUCGGCGUUCCUGUGGGCCGCGUUCUUGUGUUUCUCGCAGCAGAGUGGCGACGGCACCAUGGCCACGGCUCUCGACUGGUUUACCACCUCCGAGAAACGGAUCAUGAGCCGCAGCACUAAUGAGGAGAAGUGAUGAACGUGAAGGCACACAGGAACAGCGACCCUGGUGCCUUCUCUCACACUACAGAGGUGUACAGACACGCUGCACAAGCCCUUAUUUAUUUAUAUGCGUGUAAUGUCAUGUGUAUGUGUUACUUGAAAUAUUUUUCCACUCAAUCCGGAUACCUCGUAUGUCCAAGUAUGUGCUGAUAAUCAGUUAAAUGAUACACACACAAUAUUGUGAGAUCAGCACUACAUUUUCGUGCCUUUCACAAGGCUAAUUAUUUAUGUACUGCACUAAAUAGCAUUCAUAUUGUUGUUUUUCAAUCUCUAGAUAUUGUUCUCAUGUUGUUUAGCUAGCUAGCAUAACACGACCUCACAUGAAGCACAAUCAGCUCUCUGCUAAACACUGUGGUUUUUUUUUUUGCGAUUGUUAUAUUAUUAUUUUAUUUUAUACUGCAGCACUGUUAAAUUCUCAAAUCUGAUUCUUCAGAAGGUGUUGAUUAAUUUUCUAUAACAGCAGCUCUGACAGUAGUGCAGCUCCAAAUCACUUUAACACAUUAUCGUUUCUAUAGUAACAUCUUAGCCAGAGGCUCCACAUAAACAUAUUUUUAAAAACGUGUAGUUGUUGAUAUGAUGUGAGGUUUUCUGUAAGGAGAUGUUUAUUUAACCUUUAUGGAAGGAGUCUCCAGUGUCGGUGCUUUGUAACAGUUAGAGGUAAAGUUGUAACUUUAUGUUUUUUUUUUUUUAAUUUUGCAGAUUAAUUAAUUUUUUUAUGGAUGUUCCACAACAACAACAACAACAUAUAAACUAGGAACAGAUUUAAAAAGUGCAAUUUGUCAUUCUUAUAUAAAAAUUGUUAGUGUUGGCAAUUUGUUUUGGUAUAAGUGGAAUAAAACACUUGAGGACGUGCUGUUAUAGGAAAAUAAUCAACUUCAAGGUGGUGACACAUCACACUUAAUUAAUUAUAUAAUAACAAAACGUGUUAUAAUAAUAAUAAUAAUAAUAAUAAUAAAGUAAUUAUUAUUAUUGUUGUUAUUAUUAUUAUUAUUUCAGUCACUUCUUCUAUAUUAUUCUAUUAUUAUUCUGCAAUUUUUAAGAUCAUUUAAGUUCUUAAUGAUGUUGUUAUGUAAUUCUUUUUUAUCUAAGCACUUUCUUCCCAAUGCUAGAACACAGAAUUCAUUCUAACAAGACUUUUUCAUGGUCAGUGUUUCGUUUUGUUUAUUUAUAUGCUGUUGUUUUUGGUGGCUCAGGGAUCGUGUGUAUUCCCCAUAACGUCAUGCGAGUGUCCGCCGGCUUUGAGCAGUGAUUUGGUUUACAAUCGUAACAUUCAGAUGAUUGUCUAAUGAAAUAAAUCAUAUGGUUUGCAAAAUUAUUUGUAACAAAGAGCCUAGAGUUAUGGUAUCUUUUUUGACACACUGUGUGAACAUCCUUUGAAGUUUACUCAAACACUACAGACACUAGCAUUUAGGACACGGCCUUGAUUUAUUCAUUAAGACCAAAUGUCAUACACUGCAAGAUAUUAGUUCUAAACCUGCCUUGUUUCAGAGAGACGGGUGAAUGGGCUAACUGGCCAUUCUCAUUACUCUGAAGCUUUUCUAAACGUGAUGAUUUGAAGAUUUCAGUGUUGUCGUGCUCUAACAGAUCCAGUUUAUGAGUGUGAGAGUGUGUAAAUGAGCUGAUGAAUAGUUCAGUGUCUCAGGAGUGAGGCAGGAGACAGAGAUUUUUGGUAAAGGUGAAUAUUCAUUAUUCAUUCGUUAUUCAUUUCUUAUUUUAAAAAGAUCAGAAUUUGUGUUCACACAUCUCUGGGGAAAAAAAUCAUGCUACAUUUAGGCAAAAUAUUAUUUGGACCAGUUCAACUUUAUAAUGUGGACCUGCCUCCAGAUCCUCCAUCACCCUGAGCAGAAUAAAGUGGUUCCUGAAAGUGAGGGUGAUUAUCUGACAGUUUAAAAACACUUCCUAAAUGAGACGUCAUAAACUAAGGUCAUAAUCUGCUCAUGACAGAUGGUGUAAAGGCUUUGGGCUUGAUGUUGGGCAGCACAGUUUGUUCCUCCGACCUUGAACGUCCACUGAUGAGUUUUAACUUUUGCGAAAAAAGUUAAAAAAAAUUCUGUUUCUUUUACACAAACAGCAGUGUGAUAAAGAUCCGGUACCGCAUUCAGCUCAUGCAUGAGGAAGACAUAAAGGACAGAAAUGAAUUUCUUUAGAUAACCUAUUACUUUUAAAGAUAUGUUAUCUUUCUAAAGAAUUUCUUUAGUUAACUCAUGUUAAGAUAGAAACCUUUACAAUUUCCAUGUGUAUUUUACCUGUUCCUCAAGGUGUGGCCCCGCCCCCCUCACUGCUGUAGGUCCAAGACUCAAAUAUGGUUUAUGUGAGUCAGAGAACAUGAUGAUGAUAAACAAAAUAAAUAUUAUUUAUUAAUCAGACUGUAUAUUUAUCUACAUGCACUUUUUAUGUAUCCGUUUAAAAGGUUGACGUAAUAGACAUUGUACUGCAUUGCAGUUUUUAACAUGUUCGUUUUGGGGAUUAAAUGCACGAAUUCAAUUUUUCAUACACUUCACUGGGCUUAAAUAUUUGUUAUUAUGAACGUAGUGAUUCCAAAAAUCUCUUUUUUAUAUCAUAUAUUUUUAAUGGUCUUUUUAAAUAAUGGAUUCAAAUUUUCCAUGUUACAUGACUAAAUGGUUAAAUAAAUCAUCAAUAAAUAUAUUACAAUAAACAUAUAACAUUUAAUAUGUGCAUUUAACAUGUAUAUAUCUGAGCAUGUAUGAUAAAAUAAUUUAUUUAUGAUUGACUUGCCAAUUCAUGAUUAAUGUUAAUGUAUGGUACAUUUAUAAUCUGUGUUAAUUAUGUAUAAUUAAUAGAUUAAUUAAUCCAGACAUUUAGACUGAACCAUUUCCGGUUAUUCAGGUGUAGAG